UCAGCCAUGAUCGCGCUCAGACUGCUUAAUUUCUUCUUCAUCACCUCAACACUGGAGGAUGAAUAUGAAGAAGACAGACGGAAGAAAACCUACGACAUCUCUCUUUACAAGCGUGGUGACCUUUUGGAGGUAUCCAGGACUCUUUUUAAACAUUUUGGAAUCUACUUAGGCGAGGGUCGUGUUGCUCAUUUCAUCCCAGACAUCCUACCAGUGUUCACUAAAGAAAAGUCCAUCACUGAGCAGAUGGUGACCAACGAAAGACUGAUUUUGGGAGUUUUAGCCAAAGCAGCUAGUGUCCGUGUGGACUCUUUGGUGGAUUUUGCGUACGGUGAUUGCAUACAGGUCAAUAAAAUUGACAGUAUGGUCAGUGUACAGCCACUGAAUGGAGAGGAAGUGGCACGACGUUCAGAGAAGCUGAUUGGAUCUUUCUCCUACAGCUUACUGUGGCACAACUGUGAACACUAUGUCAUGUACUGCCGCUAUGGUGUUGCAUUUAGCUUCCAAACCUUUCAGGUAAGAAAACUAAAAAGGUGGAGGGUGGAUAUAUAA